AUGUUUGCCACGAUUGGCUACAUUGUGCCGGAGUACUUCCGCUGGCCGGGUGAGCUCUCCCCGAAGUUGGGCUUGAAGUUCACCGACAUUCCCAAUGGCCUUGCGGCCCUGACCAAGGUGCCCGGUCAGGGCUGGGGGCAGAUUGUGGCAUUCCUGGGCACCUACGAGCUCUUCAUCAACAAGCCAGUGGGCGAGGAGCCGGGAAACUACGGCAAGGGCAACUUGGGCCUUGGCUUCCUGGGCCCCGUAGCGGAUCCCGAGGCACGAAAGCGCAAGCUUUCUGCAGAGCUGGCCAAUGGCAGGCUUGCGAUGAUGGCCAUCAUCGGCAUGCUGUUCCAGGACGGUCUCACAGGGUCCGCGUGGGGUGACUGGGCGCUGUAUACCGACUCGCCUCUCCGAAGUGGCCUCAUGAGCCCGGGCUACAACACCCUCCCUGAGUGGGAGAAGCCGAACACGGGCUUCGAAGGCCUCACCGGCGACCAGGCACCUCUGGGCUUCUGGGACCCCCUCGGAUUUUCGAAGGACCUGGACGUCGAGGUGUUCAAGAGGCGCCGGGAGACAGAGAUCAAGCACGGACGUGUGUCCAUGUUCGCAACCAUCGGCGAAGAGCUGAGGGGCAAUUUUGGCAAGGGCAAUCUGGGACUCGGUCUCGUCGGAUUCGGCAACUCCGUCCAGGACCCUGCCCUCAGGGCAAAGAAGCUCAAUGCGGAGCUUGCCAACGGCCGCCUUGCGAUGAUGGCCAUCAUCGGCAUGUUCUUCCAGGACGGUCUCACAGGGUCCGCGUGGGGUGACUGGGCGCUGUACACCGACUCGCCUCUCC